AUGAUAAAGAAAUUCAAGAAGCUAUUUCAGGGUUAAUCAGAGUUCGAAAGCUUUUUAACUAAAUCUAGUUUAGCAAGAGACAACUUUGUUUAUAAAUAGGAGGACGUGGAAAUUCUAAUUCCAUUUCUAACUGAUGAAUAAAAUAUUACAGAUUUUUUCAAGGUUUAUUAAGAGGAGGAUUUGCAACCUUACACGGUGAAGAUGAAAAUGCUAAUCACAAUCCACUAGGUAUUAAACAUUAGUGAGGAAUUUGCAUAACAAUUUUCAAAGAUGAAUUUUGCAUAUUUCAAUAAGUAAUACAAAUCGUAAAGUAGACCUUCGUCUAAACCAGAAACCUUUGUUUUCAAGUAGAUAACAAAUGAAGUUUGGUUACUUGAUAAUCUACAAAUUCCGUUCCUCUAAUAUCUUCAGAAGUUAGCACUAAAUGUGUAGGAAAUGAAGGCAUACCGUAAUAAUCAUCUUCGAAAACCAAACCUCUAAACUAAAAGUCUGGUUGUAGAGUGUUUUAAAUUGGAAAACUUGGUGAAUCAUGGUUUAUCACUUGUUCCUUAAUUAAAAACAGCUUUAUCUAAUUUUCCACAUGACUUUCUUCUAAAGAAAUUAGCUUGCAAUCUUUACUGUGAAUUGAGAUAAUUUCAAAGACAAUUGAUUAACUCACUUUCAGCACUUUUGGAUUCCAACUCAAGGGCAUCCAAUAUAGAAAUAUUUGAGUUUUUCAGAGAGGUGUAAAUGAUAGAAAAGAAAACAAUGUCUUAUUAUAUGUUACAUAAAUUAUUUGAUCCAGCAAGGAAGUUGAUGCCGCCUUUGCAGUUGAAAAUAGAUCUAAAGAGUGCCAAACACUUAGAACAGCAAGCCUUGCAUGAAUAAUAGAGGAUUACUCAAUAGAGACAGCUGAGGAGUCAGAGAAACUCACGAUCAAAUAGCACGGAUAGUCAAUAGAGAGCAUCUUAAGGAUUUAUUAGUUAGAGAGAAAGACGGUUUAUGAUCUACAGCAGAGGAAAGAAACAGGAAACAAUAUAGGAAGACAUAGAGAUGCCAACUGAAGAACAGCAGUCUGCAUCCGAAUAAAAAAAGAAACUUUAAAAUUUAGAGGUCGGUUAAGUUGAUGUAGAGCAUUUUGAAGAAGAAAAUCAUGAAAAUAAGGAAAAUCAAGAAAAUUUAGAAAAUUAAGAAGUAUAUGAAGAUCCAAAUGAAUUGGAUGUUUCCAAUAAUAAUAGUUAGAUGGAACAAGAUGACAAUAGCAAAGGGAGUGGAAUAAAUGAAAGAUCUAGUUAAAAGGAGACGAAUGACGUAGGCAAGAACUAAGAAAGUACUAGCCAAGCUGAUUAAGAUGAAAAUUAAGAUAUUUGA